AUGAAGACAUACAUCACCGCCCUCUUCGCCGGCUACCUGGCCAUCGUCUCGGCUGCCCCGGCCGCCAACGACGACGGAUGCGAUGUCGCUGCGCCAGUUACCACCUCGUCGUGCACGACCACCACCGCGACGGUCCUGGCAACCAACGCCGUGUCCAUGAUGUCCACCCUGACCUCCUCCGCCGCCAGUGUCCAGACAGCCCCUGUUACUGGCACCAACGUCCAGGCCUUCACCGGCACCCUCGGCGGCGCGCCCCCGCCCGUGGUCUCAUCGGCUGGCGACCGGCCCUUCUCGGUCAACGGCGACACCUUUGUGGGCUCGGGCGCGGCGCUGGGCCGGUCCUGCGACGUGCAGCACAACGCGUGCGCGCGCGCUGCCAACUCGGGCCAGCUCUCCGGCGGCGUGUCGCAGUGUGACCAGCAGAACAACGAGUGCCACGCCGCCAACAACCUCAAGAAGCGGCACACCCGGGACGUGAGGCCCUCCCUGCCCAAGCGCGCCGCCCUCGACCUGGGUUCCUGCUCCAACGCCAACAUCCUCUUCGAGGCAGGGCUCGACGGCCGCAACACCAAUGCCUUCAUCGCGGCCAACCAGCAGGACUUCAACCACGGGUCGGCGCUCAACAUCGCCGUUAUCGCCGGGUUCAUCUGCCAGCGCCUCGGGAGCCCGUGCAACGCGCCGUCGGGCACGCAGCAGUCGUGCGCCCAGGCCAGCUCGGCUGCCGUGGCGGCUACUCAGGACCAGUCCGCCGCUGACGCGUGGAAUGCCAUCAUGGGAGACGGCUCUGUCGGUGGCGGUGCUGCUGCUUCUGCUGCUCCCGCUGCUACUGCUGCGCCGGCGUCGGCCACUCAGGCGAGCGGUGAUGAUGCUGCCUGUGAUGUUGAGCCGGAGGCUGCUGCCACACCGACUUCUGACGUCGUGCUGAUGACCGUCGUGACAUGCAGCUGA